AUGUAUCGUGGGCCAACUACCAGCAAAGGGCCCUCCACGCCUGCACAUAUUUACCAGCAACCACCACGACUUCUCAUUGUGCAUGUCACUCUGCCUUCGUGGGCUGAUGUCUGCUCCAACCUGUGUGAGGCUCUGCAGAACUUUUUCUCUCUAGCCUGCAGCUUGAUGGGCCCCAGCCGCAUGUCCCUGUUCAGCUUAUACGUGGUACAAAAUCAGCACGAGUGCAUCCUGCCCUUUGUGCAAGUGAAAGGGAACUUUGCUAGAUUGAAGACCUGCAUAUCAGAGCUACGCAUGGUACAGAGAGAAGGUUGUUUCAGACCACAGAACACUUCUCUGAAGCUGGCAGUAGAAGAUGGGCUUCAGCAGUUCAAACAGUACAGCAGACAUAUGAACACAAGUGCAGCUCUCACCUACACUUCCCUGGAGAUUACUGUUCUGACUUCCCAGCCCGGAAAAGAGGUGGUCAAACAAUUGGAAGAAGGCUUGAAAAAUAUCGACCUAGGCAGAGUCAGGAGGCUUCAGGUCGUUGAGAUCACAAAGGGAGUCCUAGAGUGUAUGGACUCAGCAUUCCCUGUAGAGGAGCUCAGCAACGAUGAGAGUUCUAGCUUGGGAAUUGACAUUGACCUUCAGACUAUAGACAACGAUACUGUCAGCAUGGAGAUUUUCUUCAAAGCCUGGCUACAUAACAGUGGAACCGACCAAGAGCAUAUCCAUCUCCUUUUUUCUUCAGGGUGUUUCAGCAACUUUUCCAGAGCCAGAGAUAAUCCAUUGUGUCUGAAAUGUGAUCUCCAAGAGAGACUUCUUAGCCCGUCCCUGCUCCCUGGCACAGCUGACGGUUCCUUGAGAAUGGAUGACCCCAAAGGAGACUUCAGCACAAUCUACCAGAUGGCUUCCCAGUCAUCAGCCUCUCCUUACAAGCUCCAGGUGGUCAAGGCUCUAAAGUUCAGUGGGGUCUGUGAAUCACUGAUGUACGGGCUCCCAUUCAUCCUCAGACCCACAAGCUGUUGGCAGCUGGACUGGGAUGAGCUGGAGACAAAUCAGCAGCAUUUCCAUGCUUUGUGUCACAGCUUGCUGGUGAGUACCCAGGUCCCCAGGUGAGGACCACAGAAAAGCAGCUAACUGGAUCCUGCCCUAAUCCCAAACUUGCCCCCAUCCUCAAGAGCAUAGGGAAAAAAACUGGAAAUACUCUGGAAUUUGAAGCACCUCUGACUUGCCUUUGUUGGUUCCAUGCUACAGAAAAUAAUUCCUGAAUUCAGUUAUAUAACACUAAAUUUGAAAAUCCCUGAUUUUGUAGGCUGAACAUUUAAAUGGCAAAGAAGGAUUUUCCGUAAGUAACUAUAUUUUAAAACCCACUUUCUUCUUAACACUGUGCUGGGCAUUAUGAUUUAUUUAAAUGAAGAGCACCUGGUCUGUGCCAGACAUUGCGCUAAGCCCUAGAUAUUCAGUGGUAAUAUAAAAGGCAUCAUCUGUGGCCUCAAGAGAUUCACUCUGUAAUAAAAGAGACAGAAUUAAACACACACACACACAGAGACAUACAUAUAGAUAUUCCUGAGUGGUGCAGUUAACAUACUCAGCUGCUAACUGAAAGGUUGGAGGUUCAAGUCCACCCAGAGGCACCUCAGAAGAAAGGCCUGGCGAUCUAUUUCUGAAAAACUUAGCUAUUGAAAACUCAAUGGCAAUUGCUGUGUGCAUCAAUUUUUUUUUUAAUUGUGAUUUAAGUGGAAGUUUACAAAUCAAGUCAGUCUCUCAUACAAAAAUUUACGUACACCUUGCUCUGUACUCCUAGGUGUUCUCCCACUGAUGAGACAGCAUACUCCUCCUCUCCACCCUGUAUUUCCCGUGUCCAUUCAGCCAGCUCCUGUCCCCCUCUGCGUUCUUAUCUCCCCUUCAGACAGGAGCUGCCCACAUAGUCUCAUGUGUCUACUUGAUCCAAGAAGCUCAUUCCUCACCAGUAUCAUUUCCUGUCUUAUGGCCCAGUCCAAUCCCUGUCUGAAGAGUUGGCUUUGGGAAUGGUUCCAGUCUUGGGCUAAAAGAAGGUCUGGGGACCAUGACCUCCAGGGUCCUUCUAGUCUCAGUCUAGUCUUUUUAUGAGAAUUUGAGGCCUGUAUCCCACUGUUUUCCUGCUCCAUCAGGAAUCCUCUGUUGUGUUCCCUGUCAAGGCAGUCAUAAGUUAUAGCCGGGCACAACCUAGUUCUUCUGGUCUCAGGCUGAUGUGUCUAUAUUUUUAAUUGUGAUAAUUUUAUAAAGGAAAAGAAGAGACUGCUGUAAGAGGACCUGUCUGUGAAAGUGACAUUUAAAUUGAGAACUGCAUGAUGAAUGGGAAUUAGCCAGGUGAAUAGUGGCAGGAAGGGCAUUGCAAGUGCAGGAAAAGGCAUGUGCAAAGACCCCAAGGCUGGAAAGAGCUGAGAGAAGAAUCAAGAACAAAAAGCCAUUGUGGCUGAAAUACAGAGAGCUGACAGAGAGGCAAAGGUGGGGUUGGAGAAGUGAGUAGGGGUCAAAUCACACAAAGCUGUGUAGGCCAAAUUAAAGACAUUGGACUUUAAGUCCAUGAAUAAUAACAUCAUCUUUUUAAGUUUUUAAAGGUUACUUACACUGAAAUUUGGGAAUGAACUGGCAGAAGCAAGAAUGGCGACAAGAAAAUGAGGUAGGAGGGCAAGCGAUAAUGGCAGCUUGGGCUAGAUGUUGGAAGCCAAGAUGAGAAAAGCUGCCAAUUAGAGAAAUAUUUUACAGAUAGAAUCUUCAGAACUCGAUGGAGGAAGAGGAAAGCACCAAAUAGCUGCUUCAUUUCUAACUUGAACAACUCGGUGGAUGCCACUUCCGCAAAUGGAAAAAAUAAAAGAGCACACACGUGAAACAAUAAUACAACACGAAAGCAAAAUACAACAAUGGCAAAUAUAACUCAAGGCGAUGCAUAACUGCUCCAUGGAUGGUUUGACCCAGUCGGAUGUGGGCGAUCAGGACAGCGCAGCAGUGUGUCUCUUUCACUAUCAGAAGCAGACUUUUUUUCCUGUUUCAAAGCCCACACUCCCUUUUGAGUCCACCCACUGAGUUCCUGUUUCCUAUCCGAAGAACACCCAUCUCUGGUCUUUGCAGAGCAGAGACAACAGAUGCCUUCUGACUGGUAGUACCCAACAGCUCAGUUUACUCCCCACUCCACCCAAUUCCUCAGCAUCUCAGAGACGACACAUCACUAGUUAGGAAUUUCCCCUGAAACCCUCCAGUACAUUCUUAUAGUACAUGGUAUUUUAAACAUAUACUGCCAUUCUAAUACACUGCUACAAGGAGUGUGAAUUUUCUGGAAAGUAGUAACUUUCAACACUUGAAUUCCAUUACUGGGAAAGUAGUCCAAGAAAGCAAUCAGAAAACGGACCCAAGAUGGAUGUACCAGCAUGUUCAGCUCAGAGUGAUUUACAGUAGUGAAUAAAUAAAUUAAAAGGAACAACCUAAAUGUCCUGAAUAGAGGAAUGUUUAAAUCUAAAUAGAAGAAAAGUUGUAGGAGCUAUAAUUUGGCCAAACAAUAAGGUGCUAUGUAGCCUUUAGAAAUAAGAAUGAGAAAGAAUAUUCCCUUCCACUCUUAGUUUAUAUACACAAGAUCAGAGUCUCUCUGCGCUAGACUUGGAGUGUGAGAAUCUGUAUUUAUUUAUUCAACAAAUAUUUACUGAGCACUAUGUGCCAGGUGGAAACCCUGGUGGCGUAGUGGUUAAGUGCUAUGGCUGCUAACCAAAGGGUCGGCAGUUCAAAGCCGCCAGGCGCUCCUUGGAAACUCUAUGGGGCAGUUCUACUCUGUCCUGUAGGGUCGCUAUGAGCCGGAAUUGACUCGACGGCACUGGGUUUGGUUCGGUUUAUGUGCCAGGCACUAUUCUAGGGGCUGUAGAGAGCUCUUCCUUAUCAUACCUCUCACAUGAAAACUCUCACAAGUUCUGGUUAUUCCCUCACUAAUACCCUUUUCUGGAGCACUUAGGGACCCUGGUGGCCCAGCAGUUAAGCGCUUAGCUGCUAACCAGAGGGACAGCAGUGUGAAUCACUAGCCACUCCUUGGAAACCAUAUGAGGCAGUUCUACUCUGUCCUACAGGGUCGCUAUGAGUUGGAAUUGACUCAGUAGCACCAGGUUUGGUUUUUGGUUUUAGUCACUUAACCAAGCACUUUUCAAACUUUCUCUCAUUUAAUCCUAACAGUAACUGUGUGAGGGAGGGACCAUUGUCCCUAUUUUUACAGAUGAGGAAGAUCGAGGCCUAAAGAGGUCAAGUGACUUAACAAAAGUUAUACAGCUAUUGGAAGUGGGUGAGUCAGAAUUUGAACCAAGUUCUGUUGACUUGGAAGUUCAUGUGUUUAACUUCUUUGCAAAAUUCUAUACACUGGAUGUGACCAGAUACAGACUGCAAUGCUAAGGCUAAUUAUUCCUUCACUUAGACCUCAUGCUUCUGCACUUUAUUGAACUUGAACUCACUUGAAGUUGACUGGGUCUUCUUAACAGCCCUCACCCAUCUUGUGUUACUGCUCUCUCUGCUCUAUGUUUCAUCCAGGUUAAAGACCACUCUCCUUUUCUGGAAAGGAGAGAAGCAAAGUUUGAAUGGGUUCUUUCUUCUUGCUUUUCACAUGACAACAUCUUCUCCAAGCAGCAAAAUCCCUGAAAGGCAGUGUGUUAGUGGAAGGCAUUUUUUAUAAGCAUCUGCUCAUUCAUUCAACAACAAAGAAAAAUUUUUUGCAUACCUUCUGCAUGACAAGACCUAGUUCAAGUUUUAACCUUCCUGGCCCUCUUUUACAAGUUUGCAGAACUUGUUUAACCCAUCCUUGGUCUUUGUGUUCUUUCUGAUGCCUUUUUCAUGUGCUGUUUUAAAGUCUGAUGUCAAGCCAGCUCCCUGUGGAACUCCCUUGCCUCCUGUUUUUCAUUGUGAUGUUCCCCCUCAAGCCAACUUCUCAUUCUAACUUCUGUCUUUCUGUUAAUAGCACUACCACGACCGUCUAAUCACCCAAGCUUGAAACCUCAGUAACUUUCAGUCAUCUCACCCUUUUCACAGACUUCAUCACCAAGUCACAUCAAUUUUCCUCUCGUGAGUUAUAACUGACUGCCCUUUCCUUCUCAUUCCUUUGUUCUCACCGAGACUUCAUCAGUAAACUCCGAACCUGCUUUCCUACCUUGAAUCUCUUCUCUUUUCAUUUGCCUUGCACUCUGGCACCAGAUUAAUGUUCUUGAAGCAUUCUCCUGAUUAGCAUAUGUUUUUCUGUGGUGCCAAUACCCAGUCACUGAUUAAGCUUUGCCUGUUCUCUUCCCACACCAUCUGCUGCAUUUGUCUUCUCCUUUCCAUUCUUAUUGUCACUAUCCUAGUUCAGGCCCUUUUUACCUCUUUCCUUUAAAUAUUGCAAUCAUCUCUUACCUUGUCUCAGUGUCUUUGGUGUUUCUCCUUCCCAAUCCAUUUUAUGUGCUGCCACGAGGUUACUCUUGAAACACAGCACAGAUCUUACCAUUCCUCAGCUUCAAAAUAUCUUGUAGCUUCCUAUUGCUUAUACAUUCAAGUUCUUAGCCUAGUAUUCAAGGUCCAGUCUGGCUUCCAUUAUUCCCCCUUCGUGCAUUGUAUAUACUCCAGCCAAAUUAAUAUACAAACCUUACAUUUUCCCACUCUUGAAGCUUUACUCACAUUGUCACCUUUUCAUCUUCAUGUGUUCAAAUCCUACCCCAUUCUGAAAGACUCAUCUCAAAUGGUGUUUCUUUAAUGAGACCUUCCAGAUUCCUCCAUUUAUCACUAGACAUUUGUGUGCUCUAUUCCUUUUUAGAGAGAAGCAUAUUUCAAAUAGCUUAAGGUACAUAGGAUCCUAUGAUUUGGGUUAAAGUCUAAGAUAUAAAUUUGACUGCCCAGACUCCGAGAUGAUGUGGUUGCCUUUCCUAGUGUUUCUAACAUUCCUUACUUUACCACCUAAUUUAAUUCCUCAGUCUUAGUCAAUUUAGGUCCAGAGUAGAAAUUCCUCCACUUUGUUACCUCUCUUUUUUGGAGAGUCAAAGCAAGGCAGUUUUCUAAUCUGUUGUGGUGAAAUGUAAUUUGUAUUGCCCAUGAAAAGCAUGGGCGUUAGAAUAGAUGGCUCAAGAUUGCUGACAGCUUCCUUGUUUCCCAACUGUGUGAAUUCUGACCUUCGGUGUAUUCAUCUAUUUGUAACCCUAACAAAUCUAGUAGCCUCCACAUGAUUUAGUCUUUGCACCAAUGUCAUGUAAGGAAGCACUACACAGAAGCCCAAAAGUAAUUUUCAAAUUAAUUUAUUUUGUGUCUUCACUGAACACCAAAGAGGAUCUAUUUCAUAACCCAUGAUGACAUUUCUCAGAUCUCUUUCUCCCCAAUUAUCUCAGACCUGGAACUGUUCCAAGAGCCUUUCAUAAAACUCUCUCUACAUCUCCAGUUCCUGUUCCUCUCUCUGUCUGCGCCCUCCCCGUCUCAGCCACGUGUUGUGUAGAUUGACUUAGCCUCACUGACAUAGUUCUCCUCCCUCUCAUGGCCUGUCUCUCUCUACCUUUUCAAAAUAUGCAGGAAUAGAGCUGACAUGAGCUCCUCCUUUGUCUGUUUCCACAAAUGUAGUCGAUUUAAUUCCUGUAACAUGAUAAGACUACUCCUUUCGUGAGUUAGAAGUAGAGUGGGAAAGAAGGGAGAAGGUACAUGGUGGACAUGUUAGUAACUCUUGUCCCCUGUCACAUGUAAAAUGUUGUUGUUGCUGUUGUUAGGUGCCAUCGAGUCAAUUCUGACUCAUAGUGACCCUACGUACAUUAGAACAAAACACUGCCCAGUCCUGAGCCAUCCUCACAAUCACAUGUAAAAUAGAGAUAAUAAAAUAUACCUCGUAAGGUUUUUAAGAUGAUUAAAUAAUAUUACAUGUUUAAAGCACCUAGCAUAUGCCUGGCACAUGAUUUGUACAUAGUGGUUGGUUAGUGGUUCUACAAUUUCCAUUUGUUUCUUUUUGUAUAGGUUCCAGUUUGCUGGAGAAAUUCUCCAUAUUUUCACCUGUUUUCUUGUACUCAGUAAUCGUUAUUUAAAUUCUUAUCAGCUAACUCCAAUCACCUGUGGAUUUGUUUCUGUCGUUUCUUUUUUCUCUUGAUUUUCAGACAUUUGGUCCGGACUUUCGGCAAACCUGGUAAUAUUUUAAUGGAGGAUACAUUGUAUAUAAAGAAAUUGUAGCGGCUCUGAUUGAUUUUGGCGUCCUCUAGAGAGGGUUCAUCCUUCCCUGCCCUAGGCAGAUAGAGUAGCGGCUGAUCAUCCUAUUCCACUCAGGCAGGACUGUGCUGCAUUAAGGCUGGGCUGCAGCCCAGCUAAGGCUCAGUGCACCCCUGGUUUGCUUCUGGCCCUUCAGGGUUUUCCACUGAAAGCCUGAUUUAUUAUGUGCAUUCCGUCCCCAUGGAAGAUCCCAACUCUAAUUUUGUCUCCAAACACUGCUAAAAUAUUCAACUUUUCAGAACUUUCUGCUUGGGUGUUUUUGCCUCCUGCCCCAAGCAGUCCCAGUAUUUGGCAAAUGAGCUAAGUGGAAAAUUGGUUUGAAGCCUCCCCCGCCACCACCAUGUCUCUCCCAAAAGGUCUGCUGGUUUCUCUGUUCCCCAGUAAGUGCUCAAUGUGUGCAAAGUCUGGAUUCUCAGACACUGCCCCCUACCCCGUGCAUGUCUGCAUGCACACACACACACACACACAUACACACACACACCACGCACACACACAUACACACAUACGCCACACACACACACACAGACACAUACACACACACACACUCAUUUCCUCCAGCCUGGAAUCAACAUAGGCCCUUGGGGUAAAAGUGACCACAGUAAUUCCCACUCCUCUCAGGAGUCUUCCUUUGUCACAGACUUAGCUACCUCUAGGUCCUAUUG